UGAUUGACCAAAGAUAUUUUACAAACCUUUCUCCCCCACUAGCCUCCUCUCACUUGAAUCUUCUUCUCCCACAAAGCGUACAAAUCACAAACUCGCUCAACUCCUUCUUCCUCUCUAUCUCUAUUCGAACCCUACGCUCUUCGUCUUCAAGAGUCCAUUAUGAAAGGAGGUAAAUCGAAGGCUGAAACCAGGAGCUCCAAGCUCUCUGUGACAAAGAAGCCUGCUAAAGGAGCAGGGCGAGGCAAAGCAGCUGCUAAGGAUCCAAACAAACCAAAGAGGCCAGCCAGUGCUUUCUUCGUUUUCAUGGAAGAUUUCCGUGAGUCAUUCAAGAAGGAAAACCCUAAUAACAAGUCUGUAGCUACUGUUGGAAAAGCUGCUGGAGACAAGUGGAAAUCCCUGUCAGAUUCUGAGAAAGCGCCUUAUGUUGCCAAGGCUGAGAAACGCAAGGUGGAAUAUGAGAAGAACAUUAAAGCUUACAACAAGAAACUGGAGGAAGGUCCAAAGGAAGAUGAGGAAUCUGACAAGUCAGUGUCAGAGGUCAAUGACGAGGAUGACGCUGAGGAUGGUAGUGAAGAGGAGGAGGACGAUGACUAAGAGUUGCAAGGUUGUGGCAUUAGUAUAGAUGGCUGCAAAGAUCUCUCUGGGCUUUUAUCUUUUUCUUUCUUACUUGAAAUGUUAAUGGGGAUGAUUAAAAAAAGGGGUCUCUCUUUGUAUUUCCACAACCUCCUCCCACUAAAUCCCUUCGGAUGGAGGAGAUAGUGAAUUGUAGAAUGUUUAGAAUGGUGAUAGAGAGACUUGCAGCUCUGUACUCUUUGCUCUAUAAAACGAUUUAGUUUUUUGUUCUUCUUCUUACCUUUUCGCAAUUUAUCGUUAAUGGUGUUGAAUAAAUCUUUUGUAGUUUGUAAGGAAAUGUGACUAUAAUA